GAGGCCUCCAGUCGCAACCUGGUGACCCUGCGUGUGGACCCCAAUGGCUUCUUCUUGUACUGGACCGGCCCCAACAUGGAGGUGGACACACUGGACAUCAGUUCCAUCAGGGACACGCGGACAGGCCGUUACGCCCGCCUGCCCAAGGACCCCAAGAUCCGGGACGUUCUGGGCUUUGGGGGCCCUGAUGGCCGGCUGGAGGAGAAGCUGAUGACAGUGGUGUCUGGGCCGGACCCAGUGAACACAGUGUUUUUGAACUUCAUGGCCGUGCAGGACGACACAGCCAAGGUCUGGUCCGAGGAGCUGUUCAAGCUGGCCAUGAACAUCCUGGCCCAGAAUGCCUCCCGGAACACCUUCCUGCGCAAAGCGUACACGAAGCUGAAGCUGCAGGUGAACCAGGACGGUCGCAUCCCGGUCAAGAACAUCCUGAAGAUGUUCUCAGCAGACAAGAAGCGGGUGGAAACGGCGCUGGAGUCCUGCGGCCUCAAUUUCAACCGGAGUGAGUCCAUCCGACCCGAUGAGUUUUCCUUGGAAAUCUUCGAGCGAUUCCUGAACAAGCUGUGUCUGCGGCCGGACAUUGACAAGAUCCUUCUGGAGAUAGGCGCCAAGGGCAAGCCGUACCUGACGCUGGAGCAGCUCAUGGAAUUCAUCAACCAGAAGCAGCGGGACCCGAGACUCAACGAGGUGCUGUACCCACCCCUGCGCCACUCCCAGGCCCGGCAGCUCAUCGAGAAGUAUGAGCCCAACCGGCAGUUCCUGGAGCGAGACCAGAUGUCCAUGGAAGGCUUCAGCCGCUACCUGGGCGGGGAGGACAAUGGCAUCCUGCCCCUGGAGGCGCUGGACCUGAGUGCCGACAUGACGCAGCCGCUGAGUGCCUACUUUAUCAACUCCUCCCAUAACACCUACCUCACAGCGGGGCAGCUGGCCGGGACCUCGUCGGUGGAGAUGUACCGCCAGGCGCUGCUCUGGGGCUGUCGCUGCGUGGAGCUGGACGUGUGGAAGGGCCGGCCGCCCGAGGAGGAGCCCUUCAUCACCCACGGCUUCACCAUGACCACGGAGGUGCCCCUGCGCGACGUGCUCGAGGCCAUCGCCGAGAGCGCCUUCAAGACCUCACCCUACCCUGUCAUCCUCUCCUUCGAGAACCACGUAGACUCGGGGAAACAUCAGGCCGAGAUGGCUGAGUACUGCCGCUCCAUCUUUGGGGACGCGCUGCUCAUCGACCCGCUGGACAAGUACCCGUUGGCCCCAGGCGUGCCCCUGCCCAGCCCUCAGGACCUGAUGGGCCGGAUCCUGGUCAAGAAUAAGAAGCGGCACCGGCCCAGCAUGGGCACCCAGGGCAGCUCCGUGCGCAAGCGGCCGCUGGAGCAGAGCAACUCGGCGCUGAGUGAGAGCUCCGCGGCCACCGAGCCCUCCUCGCCCCAGCUCGGGUCUCCCAGCUCGGACAGCUGCCCAGGCCUGAGCAACGGGGAAGAGGUGGGGCUUGAGAAGCUCAGCCUGGAGCCUCGGAAGUCCCUGGGCGAGGAGGGCCUGAGCCGGGGCCCCCCCUAUGCCCUGGGCCCCACCGACCGAGAGGACGAGGAGGAGGACGAGGAAGAGGAGGAACAGACGGACCCCAAAAAGCCGACCACCGAUGAGGGCACAGCCAGCAGCGAGGUCAAUGCCACCGAGGAGAUGUCAACCCUUGUCAACUACAUCGAGCCCGUCAAGUUCAAGUCUUUUGAGGCAGCUCGAAAGAGGAACAAGUGCUUCGAGAUGUCGUCCUUCGUAGAGACCAAGGCGAUGGAGCAGCUGACCAAGAGUCCCAUGGAGUUUGUGGAAUACAACAAGCAGCAGCUGAGCCGAAUCUACCCCAAGGGCACCCGCGUAGACUCCUCCAACUACAUGCCCCAGCUCUUCUGGAACGUGGGCUGUCAGCUGGUGGCACUCAACUUCCAGACUCUGGACGUGGCCAUGCAGCUCAACGCGGGCGUGUUUGAGUACAACGGGCGCAGUGGAUACCUGCUCAAGCCCGAGUUCAUGCGGCGGCCGGACAAGUCCUUCGACCCCUUCACCGAGGUCAUCGUGGAUGGCGUCGUGGCCAAUGCCUUGCGGGUCAAGGUGAUCUCGGGGCAGUUCCUGUCCGACAGGAAGGUGGGCAUCUACGUGGAGGUGGACAUGUUUGGGCUGCCCGUGGACACACGGCGCAAGUACCGGACCCGCACCUCGCAGGGGAACUCGUUCAACCCCGUCUGGGAUGAGGAACCCUUUGAUUUCCCCAAGGUGAGCCUGGGUACAGGCAGGUCUACACAGCCCCCAGGGUACCACUACGUCUGUCUGCGGAACGAGGCCAACCAGCCGCUGUGCUUGCCGGCCCUGCUCGUCUACACCGAGGCCUCCGACUACAUCCCCGACGACCACCAGGACUACGCCGAGGCUCUGAUCAACCCCAUCAAGCACGUCAGCCUGAUGGACCAGAGGGCCAAGCAGCUGGCCGCCCUCAUCGGGGAGAGCGAG